GGACUUCCUGUACGUUUUAGAGCGACUGCGGAAGUGACUGCGAACGAAUCGGAAACGGCCGGAGAGUUAAGCCUGUCUACGCCUGUAGCUGCUUUCAGCUUUAAAGAUGCCAAGUCUGGCGGCCGCGAGCCCAGCCCCGUCUGAGUCUCAGGAGAAGAAGCCGCUGAAACCCUGCUGCGCCUGCCCGGAGACCAAGAAGGCGCGCGAUGCGUGCAUCAUUGAGAAAGGAGAAGAACAUUGUGGACAUCUAAUUGAGGCCCACAAGGAGUGCAUGAGAGCCCUGGGAUUUAAGAUAUGAAAUGGUGGUCUGCUCUGUGAAUGAAUAAUCCCUGAAGAAUGAAGAAGAUUAAACAAUUCUUGAAAGUUCUUUGAUGAACUUUGAUAAAUGGAUAAAGUAUUUAUAAUUUAUUAAAAAAAAAGGAAAGUGUCUGUGGUCAAAGA